AACAAACUCGGGUGAGACUCAUCACCUUCACCACCACGCCGGGCUGGUGGCAAAGGGGCAGGCCAGGCUGGGCUUUGGCAGUGACGCCAAGAGGUGCAGCAAGGCUGCGCCAUGGAGUGGGGUGGGGGGGAGCUGCCGCGCCCCCGCCCUCUGCCCGGAGCCCUUGAUUGGGUCCGCGGCGAUCCGCCCGCUCCAGACCGCUCCCCGCGGGGGAAGCGAGCCCAGCCGAGCGUCGGCUGCCCAGCCCCUGCCCAAGAUUUAAAACGCGCAAGUUUUGUUCUUGAGACCAAUGACUUUAGCUCUGAUGCUGGGAGGAGAGCCUACCUGCGAUUUGGGAGAUUAAGGAACUGGCCUUAGACUUGGUCCAGAUUUCAGGCUGCACUGGAACAUUUUCUUACUCUGGUAGGAGAUCUACACUGGAAACAUCUCUGAAGCCCUCUCAGCAUCUCACCUGUGGCCUACUACACAACCUUGCCGGUCAGUGUGUCUACAGAGGGAGCGGAGAGAGUUGGCCAGCCUGGGGAAUUCCUGAAGAGGAAGCACAUGCGGGGGUCUAAUAGGUUGCACUUAACUUUCACAAAAAGGAGCACACGGAAUAGCGGCAGGAGGCCAAUUCCCGAACUAAAUGAAAGAUGUCAGAGUAGGAGCGUUCUGAUGUGCUAGCGUCCUCACGCUCCUGUGUGUUCCAGCCUUUCGCCAUCUCUGAAAAAAUGGUAUUAAAAGGAAAUAUUCUGUAAAAUAAGAAGCUCCUUUUACAUUAGUAAUGACCAACAUGGACGUCUGUUCUAUAGAAGACAAAGCUCUAUGGUCUUGAAGAAGCAGGUGGCCAUUUAAAACUGACUCUAAAUAAAAACAGACCUGAAUGGACAUCAGAAUGUUUGUUAGUGGCAGGAGAGUAAAAAAAUGGCAGUUUAUUCAGUUAUUUGCCACUUGUUUUGUACUAAGCCUCAUGUUCUUUUGGGGACCCAUCAAUAAUAACAUCGUGAGCCAUAUGAAGUCCUACUCUUACAGAUACCUCAAAAAUAGCUAUGAAUUUGUGAAUGAUACCCUGUCUCUUAAGCGCAGUGGGGAAGGGGUUCCUCGCUACCAAUACUUGAUUAACCACAAGGAAAAGUGUCAAGCACAAGAUAUCCUGCUCUUACUGUUAAUAAAGACUGCUCCUGAAAACUACCAUCGACGUUCUGCCAUUAGGGAAACGUGGGGAAACGAGAAGUACGUUCGGUCUCAACUGAAUGCCAACAUCAAAACUCUGUUUGCCUUAGGAACACCUUCUAACCCACAGACAAGAGAAAGACUGCAGAGAAGACUGGUUUGGGAAGACCAGAUGUACAAUGAUAUAAUUCAGCAAGACUUUGCUGAUUCAUUCUAUAAUCUUACUCUUAAAUUCCUUCUGCAGUUCAGUUGGGCAAAUAGCUUUUGUCCACAUGCCAAAUUCCUUAUGACUGCUGAUGAUGACAUAUUUAUUCACAUGCCAAAUCUUAUUGAAUACCUUCAAAGUUUAGAACAAAUUGGUGUUCAAGACCUCUGGAUUGGUCGUGUUCAUCGUGGCGCCCCUCCUGUUAGAGACAAAAGCAGCAAGUACUAUGUCUCCUAUGAAAUGUACCAGUGGCCAGCUUACCCUGACUAUACCGCUGGAGCUGCCUAUGUGAUCUCUGGUGAUGUAGCCGCCAAAGUCUAUGAAGCAUCACAGACACUUAACUCCAGUCUUUACAUAGACGAUGUGUUCAUGGGCCUCUGUGCCAAUAAAAUAGGGCUAGUACCACAACACCAUGUGUUUUUCUCUGGGGAAGGUAAAACUCCUUAUCAUCCCUGCAUUUACGAUAAAAUGAUGACCUCUCACGGGCAUGUAGAAGACCUUCAGGACCUUUGGAAGGAUGCCACAGACCCGAAAGUAAAAACAGUUUCAAAAGGUUUUUGGGGGCAAAUAUACUGCAGAAUAAUUAAGAUAGUUCUCCUUUGCAAAUUGUCCUAUAUGGAUACGUAUCCUUGUAGGGCUGCCUUUGCCUAAUAGUACUUGAAUGUUGUAUGUUUUCACUGUCACUGAGCCAGUCCUGGAUGAAAAACCUUUAAAUGUUUGUCUGUACCAUAAGUGAAAUGAAUACAAAAAACAAAGAAAUAUUUUGAAAGCCCAGUCUAUCAGAAUGUUUCUUUGGUUCUUCUAGGUGCCCUUCAACAUAACUUAUCUACUUCAUUGCCUAAAUUCAUUUCAAGGAACUUACAUUUAGACAAGGUUUAUGAAAACAAAACUAAAGGGAAUUUCAAGUUCUCUGACCCAUAAGUAUAUGUGAGGUGUAGAGAAAUUAUUUAGGUGCCUUUGUGUCAGAAUAACUGUUUUUGGAAAAAUGCCAAGUAAAUGGAUAGUAUAACAUCUCAAAGAAAUGAAUAUAUUAUUUGAUCAGGUAUACAAGUUUAUUUUUAGUAAAGAGCACUUGAUGGAGUUGAUGGGGGCAGGGGAAGAUUGGCAUAGAAGACAGUACAUGAAUCUGAUAAAAGAAAGUCUCCCUUUCUUCAAAGGAGAUUUAGGAAAAUGUACUCAAUUUCUUGAUAAACCACCAUAUCACCCGUUGUCCAGCCAUGUAGCUAUUUUACCUAGACAGUGUUGGAGUCAUUUAAAAUAUAUUUUUUUUUCCAAAGUUUAAUGUGAAAUUUGAAAAGUCAUUAUCUCUACCCUAACUGGUACUUUAUUAUGGGCUUUUAAUUAUUAGAAAAUGACACAAAACACGGGCAGUUUAUUAUCCAAAGGGUCCUUCUCUAGGGAGAAAUUCCUGUUAAUUCAUAUAAGCUAAUUUUAAUUUCAUGAGUUUUUCAACUGGUUUUUAAAUAAUCAAUAUCAGUCUGUUUUUAAGGCAGCUAUUUAAAUGUAGUUUGCAUAGAGGAGUAAAAUAAUGAAGAAUUCAAAAGGAAAGACAGAAGAUUAAAAGCCUCUUUUCUUCAUAAUUUAUAAAAUAAAAUUUUUAAUGUCUAAAUUAUUGUAUUGAUUACUAAAAUUAGCACACCCCUCUGCAAUAAAGUCUCAUAAACUACAGUACUUUGUUCUAAGUUGAGACUUUAAAAUUGAGAGUAUUAAACAUCAAAUCAAAACUAGUGUCUAAAAAAAAAUCUGUUCUUUCAUAAAAAUGACUAUCAGAGGUGAUCCUCAACUUAUAAAUAUUUCAAACUUGAAGCAGAAUGAAAGUGAUAGAAAAGUUACCAGAUAGAGGCUUAAAAAUAUUUGCAAAGCUGCACGUUCCUUGUAAUCAAAGAGAUGUGACUAAGAUCCAAUAGAGCAAGUUAUAUUUAUUUUACAAAGCAGAAUAAAAAUGUGACCAUGAUGCAAACAACCUCCCCUCACAGAAAGAACUAGGUGAAGUGUAUUGUUAGAGAGGUUAUAUGAAGGUCAAAAUUAUGACUUCAGCAAAAGCAGUUGAACGGAUUAUAAAACCUUUGUAUGCAGAGGCGCCUGUUAGGGAAAACUAAGAUGUCUCACUUGGUAAGAUGAUGUCUGAAACACACUAAAUGAAUAAAAAAGAAUUCUCAGUAUACACAACUGGAUGAUGAUAUAUAUAAUUUUUUGCAGGUAGCUUUUUAAUGUUUACAGAAGUUUUUUGUCAAUUUUUUUCUAUUUUGAAAACUGAAGCUUGUUUACAUUGAUUGCUUAGAUAAUUUAGAAUUUUUAACUAAUGUCAAAACUAAGGUGUCAAACAUUCUAGUUUGUAGUUACUUUCAGAGUAGGUUCAGGGUUUUUAGAUCAUUACAGUUCAAAUUUUCUGACCAAUUUUAAAAACUGUAGAGAACAAAAAGCAUAUUUUGACAAAGUAGGUUUGUAAUUAAUUUUUAUUCAUUGGUGUUUUAAUAAUCAUUUGCCUUUUGGCCGUAUAUAUGCCCUGUGUAUCUAUACUUGUAACUGUUUAAAUUUUCCAUUGGUUGAAAACACCAGUGUCUCUUUCCGGCUAUCAAAACGAUCUUGUUUACAGCAAUACUUUGGCGAAACAAUUAUUUAUUUGUGAAAGUGCUCACCUCAGUUGUGUUCAUUUUGCUUAAAAUAGAAUGAAACAUUUACAUUUAAAGGAAAUAUGAAGGCACUUCCUUUUUUAAUAAGAAGGAAAUUGCUAGAUGCUUCCUUCAUCAGACUUAAAGUACUGAGAAGAAUAAUUGUAAAUAAAGGAUUCCAACCUUUUAAAAAGGAAGGAAAAAACUUUUUGGUGCUCCAAUGCAAGGCUGUCUUUUAAAUAUUGUCAACAAAGGGAAAAUACACUAUCAGCCUGGACGGUCACUUGAUGGUUGUACACAGUGUUAUUGCUAAAAACUUUUUACCUCUUGAUUGGUUUGCAUCUUUUUUCCAUAUUAUUAAUUUUAUACCAAAAUGUUGAAUAUUUAUAUUAUUUCAGUUUUGCUGUUGUAUAGCAAAAUAAUUAGUGGGUUUUUAAAAAAUAAAUUUAUGAUUUCCAAUAAACAACUUGAAAAUUGUCAA